AUGCACCCCCAAUGCCGUGCCGCCUCCCCGCAGCUGCUGCUCGGCCUCUUCCUCGUGCUGCUGCUGCUACUGCAGUUGUCCGCACCGUCCAGCGCCUCUGAGAAUCCCAAGGUGAAGCAAAAGGCGCUGAUAAGGCAGCGGGAGGUGGUAGACCUGUAUAACGGGAUGUGUCUACAAGGACCAGCAGGAGUCCCUGGCCGCGAUGGGAGCCCUGGGGCCAACGGCAUUCCUGGUACACCUGGAAUCCCAGGCCGGGAUGGAUUCAAAGGAGAGAAAGGGGAGUGCUUACGGGAAAGCUUUGAGGAAUCCUGGACUCCCAACUACAAGCAGUGCUCGUGGAGUUCACUGAAUUACGGCAUAGAUCUUGGGAAAAUCGCGGAGUGUACAUUCACAAAGAUGCGCUCCAACAGCGCUCUGCGAGUUCUGUUCAGUGGCUCGCUUCGGCUCAAGUGCAGGAAUGCAUGCUGCCAGCGCUGGUAUUUUACGUUUAACGGAGCUGAAUGCUCAGGACCUCUCCCCAUCGAAGCCAUCAUCUAUCUGGACCAGGGAAGCCCAGAGUUAAAUUCAACUAUCAAUAUUCAUCGCACUUCCUCUGUGGAAGGACUCUGCGAAGGGAUUGGUGCUGGAUUGGUAGAUGUGGCCAUCUGGGUUGGUACCUGUUCAGAUUACCCCAAAGGAGACGCUUCUACCGGAUGGAAUUCUGUGUCCCGCAUCAUCAUUGAAGAACUACCAAAAUAAAGCCUCUCAAGUUUCCAUCCCCUGACUCCUUUACUUUUUAGGUCAAGCCUUUGAAUGGUGCACUUAAAUGACAUUAAAGAAAUCACUUUACAUGCUCAGCUGAAUGAAAAAGCAAAGUUAAAGAUGUUUACAGACCAAAGUGUGA